CCAGGCCCAGGCCCCUUCCUCGCCCGCACCAGGCUUCCAACGGUUCUCCGGGGGGGCACUGCCAGCGUUUCCUACCUCCGCCUUCGCUGCGCCUCGGUGUCCCCACGUGACUUCUGGAAACCUCACACUUCCCCACCUGCAUAUUCAGCAGUCUGGUCCUCUGUGGCCUCAGUUCCCGCAUGUGACUGUGAGAAGCACACACCUUCCCAAACUCUUAUCUGGCAGUGUCUGGCCUUCUGGGCCUCGGUCUCCCCAUUUGCUGGAUGGAGAAUCAGGCCCGUGCCACAUCGGAGCCAGUGAAUGGCUGGCCUCUGGACCUCGGUCUCCCCAUUUGCUCAGCCGGCAGGAACAUCCCUUCUCCAGCCUUCUGCCUCGGUGGGUGGCCACGGCGGAUCAGGCAGCUACCACCCAGUGGAAAGAGGACAAACCCUUGUGGGCCUGCGGGCCAAGACGUAACUUUGCUUAGUAUCAGUUUAUUGGCCGAUCUCUGUCAAAGCGGCCGAACUGUUAAGGUCGGGAGGCUUGAGGGGAGCUGGGCCGCCGGGGGCGGGCGUCUUCCGUGGGCCCCCCGCCUCGGGUCCCCUCCCCGCAGGGCGCUCCACAGAGGCGGGGGGUGGGAGCGCCGGCUCCAGGCGGCGGAACCUCUGCGCGGGGCUCGCGCGCUUCCGGCCGGCGCCUUUUCCCAGGGACGCCACCGCCCCUCGCGCCCCCGCGCCCGCGCCCCCAGUCCCCGCGUCCCCGGCGCCGCCGGCCGGAGCUGCCCGGAAGUCUCGGUUCAGCCGCCGGCGCUCGCCAGGGGAAGCCCGGGGCAGCCCGGGACCUCGGCCCGCUCCUCAGGACCCGAGAGGCCGCCGCACGGGCUGCCGCUCCAGAUGCUGCUGCUGCCGCCGCGGCCACCCCACCCUCGGUCCUCCUCUCCGGAGGCCAUGGACCCACCGCCCCCCAAGGCUCCCCCUUUUCCCAAGGCGGAAGGCCCCUCCUCCACGCCUUCCUCGGCGGCGGGGCCCCGACCCCCGCGGCUGGGCCGCCACCUCCUCAUCGACGCCAAUGGGGUCCCCUACACAUACACGGUGCAGCUGGAGGAGGAGCCCCGGGGCCCGCCCCAGCGCGAGGCGCCCCCAGGAGAGCCCGGCCCUCGCAAGGGCUACAGCUGCCCCGAGUGCGCCCGUGUCUUUGCCAGCCCUCUGCGGCUGCAGAGCCACCGCGUGUCGCACUCGGACCUCAAGCCCUUCACGUGCGGCGCCUGCGGCAAGGCCUUCAAGCGCUCCAGCCACCUGUCGCGGCAUCGCGCCACGCACCGCGCCCGCGCCGGGCCGCCGCACACCUGCCCGCUCUGCCCACGCCGCUUCCAGGACGCCGCGGAGCUGGCGCAGCACGUGCGCCUCCACUAAGCUCGAGACCCGGCCUGUGCUGCCCUGGCCCUCUCAGGGCCACCAAGUCUGACCCACACAGCGUCACUCACUCCCACACACACUCCCUGGCUCUGCUGAGGUUACUGCCUUACCCCGGGCCUCAGUUUCCCCACCUUCCAAAGGGAGGCGCGUCAUUCUUUCCUUAUCCCCUUUCUAGCUGUGUGAUGUAGACCAAAGUCGUUGCCCCUCCCUGGACCCGGGAACCAGUCGGAACUGGGUUCCGGUCCAGCUGUGCUGUGUGAACUUUUGCAAGUGACAUGACCUUUAAGCCUUGGUUUCCUGCCCUCUGGAGCGGUGAGCCGGUGGCUGUCAGCGGGGAAGAGAUGAUAAAGAGCACGGGCACGGUCUGGUUCAUUUCUGUACCUACCCCCCUUCCGCCCACGCCCCCUACCCUUUGCUCAAUAAACAUUCCGCACUCCA